AUGGCCCGCCCCAUUCUCCAGCUUUCCAGCACCCCGUCCCAUUCUCCCACUUUCCAUCACUCCGCCCCAUUCUCCCGCUUUCCAGCACCCUGCCCCAUUCUCCCGAUUUCCAUCACCCCGCCCCAUUCUCCCGCUUUCCAGCACCCCGCCCCAUUCUCCCGCUUUCCAUCACCCCGCCCCAUUCUCCCGCUUUCCAUCACCCAACCCCAUUCUCCCGCUUUCCAUCACCCCUUCCCAUUCUCCCGCUUUCCAUCACCCUGCCCCAUUCUCACGAUUUCCAUCACCCCGCCCCAUUCUCCCUCUUUCCAUCACCCCGCCAUUCUCCCUCUUUCCAUCACCCCGCCCCAUUCUCGCUCUUUCCAUCACCCCGCCCCAUUCUCCCGCUUUACAUCACCCCGCCCCAUUCUCCCGCUUUCCAUCACCCUGCCCCAUUCCCCCUCUUUCCAUCACCCUGCCCAAUUCUCCCGCUUUCCAGCACCCCGGCCCAUUCUCCCGCUUUCCAUCACCCGCCCCAUUCUCCCGCUUUCCAUCAUCCCGCCCCAUUCUCCCGCUUUCCAUCACCCCGCCCCAUUCUCCCGCUUUCCAUCAGCCCGCCCCAUUCUCCAGCUUUCCAGCACCCUGUCCCAUUCUCCCGCUUUCCAUCACUCCGCCCCAUUCUCCCGCUUUCCAGCACCCUGCCCCAUUCUCCCGAUUUCCAUCACCCCGCCCCAUUCUCCCGCUUUCCAUCACCCCGCCCCAUUCUCCCUCUUUCCAUCACCCCGCCCCAUUCUCCCGCUUUCCAUCACCCCGCCCCAUUCUCCCUCUUUCCAUCACCCCGCCCCAUUCUCCCGCUUUCCAUCACCCCACCCCAUUCUCCCACUUUCCAUCACCCCGCCACAUUCUCCCCCAUUCCAUCACCCCGCCCCAUUCUCUCUCUUGCCAUCACCCCGCCCCACUCUGCCUCUUUCCAUCACCCCGCCCCAUUCACCCUCUUUCCAUCACCCCGCCCUAUUCUCCCGCUUUCCAUCACCCCGCCCCAUUCUCCCUCUUUCCAUCACCCCACCCCAUUUUCCCUCUUUCGAUCACCCCGCCCCAUUCUUCCUCUUUCCAUCAUCCCGCCCCAUUCUCCCUCUUUCCGUCACCUCGCCACAUUUUCCCUCUUUCCAUCACCCCGCCCCAUUCUCCCGCUUUCCAUUACCCCGCCCCAUUCUAACUCUUUCCAUCACCCCGCCCCAUUCUCCCUCUUUCAAUCACCCCGCCCCAUUCUCCCUCUUUCCAUCACCCCGCCCCAUUUUCCCUCUUUCGAUCACCCCGCCCCAUUUUUCCUCUUUCCAUCACCCCACCCCAUUCUCCCGCUUUCCAUUACCCCGCCCCAUUCUCCCGCUUUCUAUCACCCCGCCCCAUUCUCCCGCUUUCCAUCACCCCGCCCCAUUCUCCCGCUUUCCAUCACCCCUCCCCAUUCUCCCGCUUUCCAUCACCCCGCCCCAUUCUCCCGCUUUCCAUCAUCCCGCCCCAUUCUCCCGCUUUCCAUCACCCCGCCCCAUUCUCCCGCUUUCCAUCAUCCCGCCCCAUUCUCCCUCUCUCCAUCACCCCGCCCCAUUCUCUGUCUUUCCAUCACCCCGCUCCAUUCUUCCUCUUUCCAUCACCCCGCCCAAUUCUCCCUCUUUCCAUCACCCCGCCCUAUUCUCCCGCCCCAUAUCACCCCGCCCCAUUUCUCCCUCUUUCCAUCACCCCGCCGAAUUCUCCCGCUUUCCAGCACCCUGCCCCAUUCUCCCGCUUUCCAUCACCCCGCCCCAUUCUCCCGCUUCCCAUCACCCCACCCCAUUCUCCCGCUUUCCAUCACCCCGCCCCAUUCUCCCGCUUUCCAUCACCUCGCCCCAUUCUCCCUCUUUCCAUCACCCCGCCCCAUUAUCCCUCUUUCCAUCACCCCGUCCCAUUCUCCCUCUUUCCAUCACCCCGCCCCAUUCUCCUGCUUUCCAUCACCCCGCCCCAUUUCUCCCUCUUUCCAUCACCCCGCCCUAUUCUCCCGCUUUCCAGCACCCCGCCCCAUUCUCCCGCAUUCCAUCACCACGCCCCAUUCUCCCGCUUUCCAUCACCCCGCCCCAUUCUCCCGCUUUCCAUCACACCGCCCCAUUCUCCCGCUUUCCAUCACCUCGCCCCAUUCUCCCUCUUUCCAUCACCCUGCCUCAUUCUCCCACUUUCCAUCACCCCGCCCCAUUCUUCCUCUUUCCAUCACCCCGCCACAUUCUCCCUCUUUCCAUCACCCCGCCCCAUUCUCCCUCUUUCAAUCACCCCGCCCCAUUCUCCCGAUUUCCAUCACCCCACCCCAUUCUUCAGCUUUCCAUCACCCCGCCCCAUUCUCCUGCUUUCCAUCACCCCACCCCAUUCUCCCGCUUCCCAUCACCCCGCCCCAUUCUCCCUCUUUCCAUCACCCCGCCCCAUUCUCCCCUUUUCCAUCAUCCCGCCCCAUUCUCCCGCUUUCCAUCACCCUGCCUCAUUCUCCCGCCAUCCAUCACCCCGCCCCAUUCUCCUGCCUUCCAUCACCCUGCCGCCUUCCAUCACCCCGCCCCAUUCUCCCGCUCUCCAUCACCCCGCCCCAAUCUCCCGCUCUCCAUCACCCCGCCCCAUUCUCCUUCUUUCCAUCACCACGCCCCAUUCUCCCUCUUUCCAUCACCCCGCCCCAUUCUCCCGCUGUCCAUCACCCCGCCCCGUUCUCCCGCUUUCCAUCACCCCGCCUCGUUCUCCCGCUUUCCAUCACCCCACCCUGUUCUCCCUCUUUCCAUCAACCCGCCCCGUUCUCCCGCUUUCCAUCACCCCGCCCCGUUCUCCCUCUUACCAUCAACCAACCCCGUUCUCCCUCUUUCCAUCACCCCGCCCCGUUCUCCCUCUUUCCAUCACCCCGCCCCAUUCUUCCUCUUUCCAUCACCUCGCCCCAUUCUCCCGCUUUCCAUCACCCCGCCCCAUUCUCCCGCUUUCCAUCACCCCGCCCCAUUCUCCGGCUUUCCAUCACCCUGCCCCAUUCUCCCUCUUUUUAUCACCCCGCCCCAUUCUCCCUCUUUCCAUCAGCCCGCCCCAUUCUCCCGCUUUCCAUCACCCCACCCCAUUCUCCCCUUUUCCAUCACCCCGCGCCAUUCUCCCGCUUUCCAUCACCCCGCCUCAUUCUCCCGCUUUCCAUCACCCCACCCCAUUCUCCUGCUUUCCAUCACUCCGCCCCAUUCUCCCCCUUUCCAUCACCCCGCCCCAUUCUCUCUCUUGCCAUCACCCCGCCCCAUUCUGCCUCUUUCCAUCACCCCGCCCCAUUCACCCUCUUUCCAUCACCCCGCCCCAUUCUCCUGCUUUCCAUCAUCCCGCCCCAUUCUCCCUCUUUCCAUCACCCCGCCCCAUUCUACUGUCAACGGGAGCGUUCAAGAAGUGUGA